AUGUCUACUUCCUUAGCAGAAAAACCAGAUUCCAUGCCUGAAACUCAACAUGAAAACGGAGAAUAUGAAGGAGAAGAGGAGGAAGAGGAGGAGGAGUUGUCAUGGUCAUCGGAGUCCGAAAUAGGGGAAGCUUUGGAUUUUUUGGAUUCAAGGGACGAUGCAGAAGGUGGAAGAAUGGAUGGAGGCACAUUCACUCUGCUUCACACCAGGCGCCCGAAUGCCCAUGGUGGGCUCCAGUCUCGGCCUAACACUUCUUCGCUCCAGCCAAUCUCCAAUAAAUCCCAGAAGUUGGCCAAUCGCAUGAGGGCCUCACCCUUGGAGGAAUGGGAGGGAAGGCUGAAUGUUGGCAUGUCGAAUUCUGUGACAACUGCAAUUCGCGGAAGUGUUCGGGAUAUGGCAAUUGGUAAAACAAAAACAACAGAAAAAGCAGACCGUGCAACUGUUGAGCAGGCUAUUGACCCUAGAACUCGUAUGGUUUUAUUCAAAAUGCUGAAUCGAGGUGUAUUUAAUGAUAUCAAUGGGUGCAUUUCAACUGGAAAAGAAGCCAAUGUUUAUCAUGCUACAAAAUCUGAUGGUCAGGAACUGGCAAUCAAGGUCUACAAAACUUCAAUUCUUGUAUUCAAGGAUAGAGAUCGCUAUGUGCAAGGUGACUAUCGUUUUAGAUAUGGAUACUGCAAGCACAAUCCUCGAAAAAUGGUUAAGACAUGGGCUGAGAAAGAAAUGAGGAAUCUUAUGAGAUUAAGGGCUGCUGGAAUCAGGUGUCCAGCUCCCCUUCUUUUGAGGCUUCAUGUUCUGGUUAUGGAAUUUAUAGGCAAGGCAGGUUGGGCUGCACCUCGGCUCAAGGAUGCUGCUUUAUCUCUUGACAAGUUACGUGAAAGCUAUGUGGAGAUGAUCAUGGCCAUGCGAACAUUAUAUCAGAAAUGUAAACUGGUGCAUGGAGACCUCAGCGAAUAUAACAUACUCUAUUUUGAGGGACACUUGUACAUUAUUGAUGUUUCACAAUCAGUUGAUCUUGACCAUCCACAUGCCCUUGAUUUCCUUCGAGAAGAUUGUAUUCAUGUUUCGGAUUUCUUUAAAAAACACGGCAUAGCUGUUAUGACAAUUCGGGAACUGUUUGAUUUUAUAGUGGAUCCCACUAUUGAUGAUGAUUCCGUGGACAGUUAUCUUGAAGAGGUGCAACAAAAAAUUUUGGCUAGAGGUGAUGUGAUCUCUGCAGAGGAAGAAAUUGCAGAUUCUGUAUUUGUGCAGUCGUUCAUUCCAAAGACACUGGAUCACGUGAAGAAUGCUGAGGAAGAUGUGCAACGAAUUACAAGUGGCAAUGAUACAGGGGACAUGUAUUAUCAGACCAUUACGGGUCUGAAGCAGGCUCUUUCUAUGGCCAAUUCGUCUCAAGCAGAAACAGAGAAACAUCAGUUGAAUGGAAGUCCAGUAAAUGGGACCUCUGCUCAGGCCGCUGAACAUCCUGACUUGACACACGGAGAUUCGGAGUCUGGAAGUGAUGACAGUGAAAACGAUUCAAGUGAAUCGGAGGAUUCAUCUUCUGAAAGCAAUAAGCAGGGGUCAGCUGACAGAAAAGCAGCCAGGAAAGAGAACAAGAAGAAGGUUAAAGAAGAGAAGAGGGAGGCUAGAAAACAUAAAGUUCCCAAAGCCGUGAAGAAGAAAAAGAAAAAGUUGGCUAAAGCCAAGAAAUAUAGGUAA